AUAGUUCCUUGCAGGCGCGGUAUAUAAGAAACUACGGGCCAGCACGACGCGCCUCUGUCUUUCCACCAAUUCCCUCAUCUCGCAACACAAACACACCAACUAUCCCACGACUCGACCUUUCUUCGUCGCAACUUCAUAUAUAGCUCCCAAGCUCCAUCUACUCAUUAUCUAAACCACUACGACUACUGUACUAUACAUCUACAAUCAUGCCCGUCGACGUUGAACGCGAACGUAUCGAGAAGGCCCGUGAGGUCACUAGCGCGCUUCAGGAGGGCAGGCUCCCAACGACCAACCAGAUCGUAGGCGGUCUCCACGACGCUCAGACUUCCAACGCUCUGCAUCAGAACGCUGAGAACUUGAGCCCAUCGGGAAAGAGGAUUGCUGUCGACGCUGAGCGUAUUUUGGAGUCGACGCAAACGGUUCUUAAGCAGGUUAACGCUCACAACGAAUUGCAGAAUGUGGUCUACUACGGAAAUCUGUCUGCCCAGCGACGAACUCUCUUGAACCCUACAGAGGCCAACGAAGCUGCUGACCGUCUGGUUCAAGCCGGUGCCACCUCCGCCAACCUCGCAAAAAUCAUCAUUACUUCUCCCGAAUUCCGCACCCUCCUCACCGACAUUUCCUCAAUCGCACAAGACAUCGUCCGCUCUAACGUCUUGGAAGCAAGCGAUGACCUUGCCAGCGACCCGAAUGCACCCGAGUCUGUCCGUAACGCCGCUGCCCAGGCCAGGGACAAGGUUGGAGCCCACAGCAGCCUUCAAGGUGCCGCCCAGGACGUCCGCCAACAAGCCGAACAGAAGGUUCAGGAGCAAAAGCAAACCGUUCAGGGGACCCAGGCGCAGGUCCAAGGUCAGGCCCAGCAGGCUGGGCAGGAGGCUCAGGAGGCUGGAAGGCAGACGUACCAGACGGCGGGAGACUCCCUCGCAUCCGGCGCCACGUUGCGUGACACCGCCAAGAACAUUGUCGAUGUCGUGGCAGACCAGGCCGAGUCUCGCUUACCCGAAGACAAAGUGAACCAGGCUUCCAACGCUAUCCGCAGUGAGGGAGCUCAGUUGUACACCGGCGAGAAGACCACUGGGGAUUACAAGCAGCAAGCCCAGGCGCAAGCUCACGGCGUCAUCUCGCAGGCAAAGGACUACGCCAACCAGGCCAGCUCUCAACUCCGUGACCCUUCCUCGCAAGUCCGCCAGACGGGCGAGCGUGUCGCGCGCAAGCUUAUCAACUUGCCCGAUGACAAGCGUGAUGAUAUCGUUCGCCGCCUCAAGUCGGUCGCAAAGACGCUUCAAUCAAAGCCCGAGUUCCAGCAGGGCAUCGACGACCUUAUUGACUUGCUUGCCCCCCUUGCGUACCAGGCUAAGGACCUGACAAAGACGGCUGUGGAGAAGACAGCCCAAGCACCCACCAACCCCGACGAGAUCCAGGCCUCCAAGGACUCUCGCAUCGCCAUCUCCAACGCGAAACAGCUGAUCGAGAACAUUGCCAACGGAAAGUCCCUCGACCCUCUCAUCGAGGUCAUCCGCGACUUUGCCUCCGAGGCUCGCGACGACAAAGAGUUGACCACCUUCUGGCACGACCUUUCUACCUACUUGAAGAAGACCCUCCGCCAGCCUGGCUACACCGAGAAGUCUUCCUUCGAGAAGGACGCCUCGGAGUUGGUCGAGCGCGGACGUCGUGCGUUGGAAAAGUACGGUGACCACACGCAAAACAUCUCGUACGAGGCCGGAGCCUUUGCCGCUGCUUUGGCCGCCAACAAGGCUACUGCCCGCUUGCAGUCCGACACCUCGCAGUUGAUCAACGACUUGUUCCUUGACGAGCGCGGCAAACCCGCCUUUAAGCCCGAGCUCCUUGCCGAUUUGGCCAAGGUCGUGCCGCUCAUCGCCGACAAGCUCGCGUACUUGCCAAUCCCGCGUGUCGAGGCCGACGACGGCACUUACCACAUGAUCUUCGACAACAUCAUCCUGCACUCCACCAUCCUUCCCAAAUACAUCCGCAUCGUGACCGACACGACCGUCGACGCGUCAAAGGAAAAGGCCAUCGACCAGAUCAACAACGCCGUAACGAUCGAGAUCUCCAAGAUUGAAGCCAGCGCCCGCGACAUUGCCUGGUUGUUCAACAAACACAAGGGAUUCUUCAAAGCCGGCGACGUCGGUCUCGCGGACUUUGACAUCAAGGGCGACGGCCUCAGCGUGAAGAUCAAGCUCACCCCCGGUAACGAGGCUGGGCGCGCUGCGGAAGCCGGCGCCGACGGCCGCUGGUUGAACGCCUCGGAAGUCAGCUGCAACGUCAAGUCGCUCGACCUGCGCCUGCACGACUCGCACCACGAUAUCUUGUACAAGGUCGCUAAGCCUAUCCUCAACAAGACCGCCAAGAAGCAAAUCGAGAACGCGAUCGAGAAGAACUUGAAGGAUUUCAUCUUUACUCUGGAUGAGAAGCUUGCUCAGGUUGCGCAGACUGCAGGAGCUAACUCGGCGCCGGAACCUGUGAAGGGCAUCCCGGAAUGGGGAAGCAAAGCUUUCGAGGCCAAGGUCUAAACACAUGAAUUUUUCUCCCCUUGUCUGCGUUGACAUGCACCAGAGACAUCCUCUCCAUGGACCCCUCCCUCUUGGCUGUUGGUCUUACUCUGUAAAUAAUUGUUCGCUUUCGAACCUCCUGUGUGGGCAUCCCCGUCUUGUUGUCAGAAAAACUAGUUGUUAAGCAACCCCAAUUUCCUGCUGUUGAUAACAAUAUAUCAACAUUUUGUCGAACAGGAUAACUCAAAAUCAUUUGGCCC